UGUUCCCUCUAUUCUUAUAUCUCUAUGGGUUUUUCGCUGUGAGGCGGUGCUCGAAUUCAUGCUGCGCUUCAUCUGGCGGCGCACGAUUGUUGCUUGUUCAGACCUGUAUACGCGUUGUAUCUGUUUGCUCAGUAGUACAGUGAGUGCUUAUUUUGCAAGUUGUGUAACUCGUGCCGUUUUUUCAUCCUGAGAUUUCCGCCAAUAACAUGGAUAUGGAAAUAAGUGAUUCGUCUGAUGAAUCUAUAAAUGGAAGCAGGAGAAAGACAUCAAGAUUAAGGAUACUUUCUUCCUCUUCAGACGAGGAUUUUGUUAAUACAAACAGUGAAGUGAAUGAAUGUUCCACGGAGGAAGAAGAUUUUGAAUCUAAAUCAGAGAACGAGGAUCACGAUGAAGAAUGGCAGGAAGUAAGAGAAAGAACUUCAGUAAUAAAUAAGUAUUCGGAAGAAGAGGAAUUUUUAUUUGAAAACACUGACUGUAAUGACCCUGUUGCUUUAUACAAACUAUUCUUCACGGAUUACAUACUAGAAAAGAUAGUUGAAGAAACAAAUGAAUAUGCUGCACAAUGCAUAAAUAAUUCUUCAUCUAGCAGUAGAACGCACCAACAGGCCUGGCAGUCUGUUACAAGAGAUGAAAUGAAUACUUUUAUUGGCAUAUUGCUUAUUAUGGGUGUAGUCCGACUACCAGAAAUUAGAUUAUAUUGGUCUAACAGCGACAUGUAUGCGAACGCACGCAUAAAAAAUGCAAUGAAACGUGACCGUUUUUUAUCCAUUCUUAAGUUUUUACAUUUUUCGGACAAUACCACAGCCAGAACUGAAGAUCGGUUGUACAAAAUUCGAAACAUUGUUGAAGCAAUUGUGGAUACCUUCAAAAGUGCUAUUAAACCUGGCAAAAAUAUUGUAAUCGACGAAAGUAUGGUUCCAUGGAGAGGACGUCUCGGUUUUCGCCAAUACAUCCCAGGCAAGCGACAUAAGUAUGGCAUAAAAUUAUAUAAACUGUGUCUUCCUGGAGGCUACACAUAUAAUAUUGAUAUUUAUGCCGGAAAAAAUGCAACAGCAAUUACGAAAACUCAUUCACAUGAUGUUGUAAUGAAGUUGAUGAGUGGAUUACUAUCUGAGGGCCGCAUACUAUUUACAGAUAGCUAUUACACGAGUGUCCCUUUGGCUGAAGAACUUUUAGAGAAAAAAACAUUUAUUUGUGGUAUUGUCAAAAUGAACAGAAAAUUUCUACCGCCACAGACAAAACGAAAACAACACCGUGGUGGCAUUAUGAGUUUGGAAAAUCGUAACGGAGUUAAAUUUUUGAAAUGGACAGAUAAAAGACCUGUUUGUAUGUUAUCUACUUGCGAGAAUCACAUGUGUACAAUUAUUCAAGGAAAAAAUAAUAAAUUAAAGCCUGAUACUGUUUUCUUUUAUAAUGAUGCAAAAAAGGGUGUUGACUUAUCGGACCACAUGUCUUCGAAUUAUAGUUGUUUACGAAAAACCGUGAAAUGGUACAGAAAUAUUAUCAUACAGUUAAUAUGCGGAACUUGUCUCGUAAAUGCGUGGUACAUACAUAAAAAAUGGGGUAAUAAACAUAUUAAUACUUUAAAAUUUAGAGAACAUAUUAUUGAUCACCUUUUAGUCAAUAAUUAUCGAAGUGAAGAAAUGGCAAUUGGAAAGCAAAUACCGUCGAAAAGUGAUUCACACUUUCUUCAUUCGUAUGAAGGACCUACAAGAAAAACAAGACAAAGAUGUAAAGAAUGUUAUAAAUGUUUAUAUAAAAAAAAAGGUAGAGAGUAUGCCGCGAAGAAAACUAAAAAAGUAACCACGUAUUGUAAUCGUUGUAAGGGCCAGCCAACACUCUGUAUAAAAUGCUUUAAAAAAUUGCAUCGAAAUACAUAA